UUAGUUCUUACGUUUCCUAUUUCCUUUUCUCCAAUUCUGCAAUUUCUUUUGAUAUUCAAACCCCGCAUUUUUGCAUUCUAUAUUGUCCUUCUUCAUAUUAACAUGGCAGCUGAUACUGUGUUCGGGAGUAGCCAUGUUUUGGACUCUUCCAGUUCCACUUCCAGCCACCCCCUCUCUCCAGGUGCCGGCGUUGUCCCUGCCAUUGAGAACGUGGUGUCGACGGUGAACUUGGGUUGCACGCUUGACCUCAAGGCCAUUGCCCUUCAUGCUCCAAAUGCUGAAUACAACCCCAAAAGGCUUGCUGCUGUGAUGAUCAGGAUAAAGGAACCCAAAACCACUGCACUUAUAUUUUCGUCUGGAAAGAUGGUUUGUACCGGAGCCAAAAGCGAGCAACAAUCACGCUUGGCUGCCCGUAAGCAUGCUCGGAUCAUUCAAAAGCUUGGUUUUGAUGUUAAGUUCAAUGGUUUCAAGAUUCAGAACAUCGUUGCCGCUUAUGAUUUUACGUUCCCUAUUAAUCUUAUACGGCUUGCCAAUUCUCACUUCAAGUUUUCAGUAUACGAGCCAGAGUUGUUUCCAGGAUUGAUCUAUCGUAUGAAACAAUCCAAAAUCAUGGUUCAGGUUUUUUCUUCGGGAAAGAUUGCUAUCGCUGGAGCUCAAAAGAGAGAUGAAAUUCUUAAAGCCUUUGAGAACAUAUAUCCAAUUCUUAUGUCUUUCAGGGCAGACAAGUAAUGGAGUUCUUGAAGACCCGACAGAGCCUUUGGAGAAGAACAAACAUUGGAUAAAUUGAGUUAUAUUAUUAUUUGUGAGGGAAAGUUAAUUGUAAA